AUGGACCGUCUUGUGCAGGCGUUUGGUUAUUUCAGUAGUAGUGGUGUUGGGUCAAAGUUUCAUCGUGAUGAAGAAGUUCGUUCAAAGGAAGAAGUACUAACCAAGAGGAAAAAUAUUAUUGGCUCAAAAUGUCAAAUGUUCUACAAGGACGAUCCCUUUAUGGUUUCGAAAGCGUCAAUGCAGUAUUUGUAUGAUGAUGCUGGCAAACAGUACUUGGACUGCAUCAGUAAUGUUCAGCACGGUACGUUUUGCGAUAAAAGGGUUAAAUGCAGGGGUUGA